GGGAACUGCCAUUACCGCGCCGCCACAGGGCGUGAGGGGAGGGGAAAAGCGCCAUUUAACGCCCCUAAUUAACCCCCCCUCAGUUAAUUAACACCCUUCCUCGUUAAUUAACCGAGCGGGGAAGCCCCUCAGGGUCCCACAAAGGUUUCCAGCCUUUGGGAAGGGGAAGGAAAAUGGCGGCGGCCGCGUUCGGAGCUGCGGAGCCGCGGCUGGGGACGGAGGCGGUGGGAUGAGGUGCGUCCCCCGCGUCCCCCCCCGGCGGCUUUUCAGCGGGGGGGUCCCGACGGAAGGCGGGGAAGCGCUGGGGGCUCUGCCCCCCCCCGCCCGCCAAUUCGUCGAAGAGGGGGUUCGCCUCUGCCGCCCCCGCGCCCUCCGCCUCUGCGACGGUUCCCCCGCCGAGGGGGCUGCGCUCCUGAGCCAGCUCCAGGCCGAGGGGGUCCUCCACCCCCUCCCCAAAUAUGACAACUGCUGGCUGGCGCGGACGGACCCCCGGGACGUGGCGCGGGUGGAAAGCCGGACGGUGUUGGUGACGGAACGGGAACGGGACGCCAUCCCCCCCAAACCCCCCGGGGGGGGACCCCAACAGUUGGGGAACUGGAUGAGCCCCCCCGCCUUCGAGCAGGCGGUGCAGGAACGCUUCCCUGGGUGUAUGGAGGGCCGGACGAUGUACAUCCUCCCCUUCAGCAUGGGUCCCGUGGGCUCCCCCCUGGCCAAAGUGGGGCUCCAGCUCACCGACUCGCCCUACGUCGCCGCCUCCAUGCGCAUCAUGACGCGCGUCGGACCCCAAACCUUCCCCGCCCUCGCCCGCGACGAUUUCAUUCGCUGCCUCCACUCCGUCGGCCGGCCCCUCCCUCUCCGCGAGCCCCUCGUUAGCCAGUGGCCCUGCGACCCCGCGCGGACGCUGGUGGCCCACCUCCCCGACCAACGACGGAUCGUUUCCUUCGGGAGCGGAUACGGAGGAAAUUCCCUCUUGGGGAAAAAAUGUUUCGCCCUUCGCAUCGCUUCCCGCCUGGCGCGCGACGAGGGCUGGCUGGCCGAGCACAUGCUGGUGAUUUGCCGCCUCCGCGCCAUCAACCCCGAGAGCGGCUUUUUCGGCGUGGCGCCGGGGACGUCCAUGCGCACCAACCCCAACGCCAUGCUCACCGUCCGCGCCAACACCAUCUUCACCAACGUCGGCUGCACCAGCGACGGCGGCGUCUACUGGGAGGGCAUCGACCAGCCCGUGCGCCCCGGCACCACGCUCACCUCCUGGCUGGGGCAGCCGUGGACACUAGGUGACCCUCAACCUUGCGCCCACCCCAACUCCCGGUUCUGCGCCCCGGCCAAUCAGUGUCCCAUCAUGGACCCGGCUUGGGAAGACCCCGAGGGCGUCCCCAUCGACGCCAUCAUUUUUGGGGGGCGGAGACCCGAAGGGGUGCCCUUGGUCUACGAGGCCUUCAACUGGCGCCACGGCGUCUUCGUCGGAAGCGCCAUGAGGAGCGAGGCCACCGCCGCCGCCGAGCACACCGGCCGCCGCCUGAUGCACGACCCCUUCGCCAUGAGACCUUUCUUCGGUUACAACGCCGGGCAGUAUCUCGCUCACUGGUUGGCCGUCGGCGAACGGGAAGGAGCCCGCCUCCCCCGCAUCUUCCACGUCAAUUGGUUCCUCCGGGACGGCGCCGGUCGGUUCGUUUGGCCGGGUUUCGGCCACAACGCCCGCGUCUUGGCUUGGAUCUGUAGCCGGGUGGCGGGAGAAGACAACGCCAAAACGACGCCGGUGGGGUUGGUGCCACGAGAAGACGCUUUGGAUCUCGACGGUCUUCCCGGCGUUUCCUACGCCGACCUCUUCCCCGUCUCCCGCCCGUUUUGGGAGAAGGAGGCGCGAGAGUUGCGGCGUUACUACGAAGAGAAUUUCGGCGAAGACCUGCCCAAGGAGGUGAUGGGAGAGUUGAGCGCCCUGGAGGAACGGGUCAAGAAGAUGUGAGGGGCGGGCGCCGGCGAGCGACCGCGGUUGGGUGGUGGCCAUCAGCUUUGGUUGACCGGCAUGAGUUGGUGGCCAUCAGCUUUGGUUGACCGGCAUGAGUUGGUGGCCGUCAUCGUUGGUUGACCAUCGUGAGUUGGUGGCCAUCGCCUUUGGUU